AGGGAGCAGUGCGGGGUUUAAACCUGAGGCUGAGUACUGCUCCUCCCGGCGUGCUGCGGUGGAACGACUGUUGGUCUGCGGUGCGUUCAGGUCCCCGGCUCUUCGGUGGCUCCCGUGCUCUGCUUCUCCCCGUUGAGCUGCUGCCUGGUGAAGAGGAAGCCAUGGCGCUCCGGGUCACCAGGAACACGAAAGUUAAUGUUGAAAAUAAGGCAAAGAUCAGUAUGGCAGGCGCAAAGCGCGUGCCUCUGGCCACUGUUGCAGCCUCCAAGCCGGGACUGAGGCCAAGAACAGCCCUCGGAGACAUUGGUAACAAAGUCAGUGAACAGCCACAAACCAAAUUGCCUCUGAAAAAGGAAGCAAAAACUUUGGCUCCUGGAAAAGUUAUUGCUAAAAAAAUACCAAAACCUCUGGACAAAGCACCCGAGCCUGUGUCUGUACCUGUGCCAGAACCAGAGCCAGAACAUGAGCCUGUUAAAGAAGAAAAGCUUUCUCCGGAGCCUAUUUUGGUUGAUACUCCGUCUCCAAGCCCAAUGGAAACGUCUGGAUGUGCCCCUGCAGAAGAAUAUCUGUGUCAGGCUUUCUCUGAUGUAAUUCUUGCAGUGAACGAUGUGGAUGCAGAAGAUGGAGCUGAUCCAAACCUUUGUAGUGAAUAUGUGAAAGAUAUUUAUGCUUAUCUGAGACAACUUGAGGAAGAGCAAGCAGUAAGACCAAAAUACCUCCUGGGUCGUGAAGUCACUGGAAACAUGAGAGCCAUCCUAAUUGACUGGCUAGUACAGGUUCAAAUGAAAUUCAGGUUACUGCAGGAGACCAUGUACAUGACUGUUUCCAUUAUUGAUCGGUUCAUGCAGAAUAAUUGUGUACCCAAGAAGAUGCUGCAGCUGGUUGGUGUCACUGCCAUGUUUAUUGCAAGUAAAUACGAAGAAAUGUACCCUCCAGAAAUUGGUGACUUUGCCUUUGUGACUGACAACACUUACACCAAGCACCAAAUCAGACAGAUGGAAAUGAAGAUUCUAAGAUCUUUAAAUUUUGGUCUGGGCCGUCCUCUACCCCUGCAUUUCCUUCGGAGAGCGUCUAAGAUUGGAGAGGUUGAUGUUGAGCAACAUACUUUGGCCAAAUACCUGAUGGAGCUAACUAUGCUGGAUUACGAUAUGGUGCACUUUCCUCCUUCUCAGAUUGCAGCAGGAGCUUUUUGCCUAGCACUAAAAAUUCUCGACAAUGGUGAAUGGACACCAACUUUACAGCAUUACCUGUCAUACACUGAAGAAUCCCUUCUAAAUGUAAUGCAACACCUGGCUAAGAAUAUAGUCAUGGUGAAUCGUGGGCUUACAAAGCACAUGACUAUCAAGAACAAGUAUGCCACAUCUAAGCAUGCUAAGAUCAGCACUCUAGCACAACUAAAUUCUGCACUAGUUCAAGAUUUAGCCAAGGCUGUGGCAAAGGUGUAACUUGUAAACUUGAGUUGGAGUACUAUAAUAACUACAAAUAAAAUUGGCACCAUGUGCCAUCUGUACAUAUUAUAUGUUACGUUUACUUACUUUUAAUAAAGUUUGUGGUCCUUUUUAUUUCUUACACCUUAACUCAUUUGAAUGUGGCUACUUCCUACUCAAGGGUAACCAAAAAGGUGUGUUAAAGAUACGAUGGGGAAUAUAAAAAGUGCUUUCAGUUUAUUGGGACCCAGCACAUAUAUAUAAUUGUUACUUGUGUGGUGUUUGUUUUAUGUACCUGGCUUUGCAUUCUUGUAUGAAUUACUGUGGUCAUGAAGGCAUUUAAAGCCGUUCUCUAGGGCAUACUGCAUGUAAGCCCAAUUAUCUUGGAGAAUAUGCUGCCUUAUUCUGUCAAAGAUCUGCCACCUUACCCCUAGUCCUCCUGUUUUCUGUUUCUUGUGGUGGUUGCUGCCAUAAUUCUAAGUAGUUUUUACUUCUACCACUAUUUCUUAAACUAUCUAUCAACUUUUUUAUUUGCAAAAAUAAGAACUUUAUAUUCUACACUUUUUCACUUUCUUGAUUGACCAAAUAAAAGCAGAUCCUCAAAACACAUAAAAGUAUCUAAAAAAAAGUUAAUUUACUCCCCACCCCCUACUCUUACAGCUCAAUCCCAUCCAUCUGAAGACACCAACAACAGUUUGGGUUGUAUCCUUCUUUGCUUCUAUAAAUACAAAUAUGCUUAUAAAUAAGUUGUUAGGGGGAUUUCUAAGAAAUGGAAUCAUUCUAUAUAUAAGCAAUUCCUUUUAACAUGUAUAGGCCUUACCUGUGUGUGGGCAUUUCCAUUCCAUAAUAUGGAUAAACUAUAGGUUAUCCAUUCUGUUGAUCUUCAGAUUGCUUUUCCUCUUUGCUCCUACAGAUAAACCUGUUGAUCAUUAAAUACCAUGCUUUCCUUUUUGUACUCUGGGUUCUCUAGGUAUGUGCAUUCUAAGUUUUGGCAGGUGCUGCCAGAUGACUCUCAAGUGUCACCAGCAAUGUACAAAAGUGCUGGAUUUCUCUGCUUCCUUGCCAGAACCGAAGAUAAUGAUUCUCCAAUUUCUGUGAAUUUGGCAAGAAAUAAUCUAAGUUGUUUGCUGUCCUAAUUUUUAAUUCUGAUGGCUAGGUUGAAUAAAUUUUUGUUGAUUACUUAUCGAUAUGUAAGGUUUUUCCAUUUUGUCAUUUGUCUUUUGAUUGUUUAUGCUCUUUUGCCAUGCAGACACUGAAGUUUUUAUAUUGUCAAAUCUUGUUUUCUACAGUUGCUUUUGGAUUUUCAGUCUUAAGAUCUACUCCAUCUCAAAACAGUAAACAUGUAAAAUUUGGAGUUUUCCCCAUUUAUAUCUAUAAUCCCUCAAUAAACUUUGUGUAUAUGGCAUAAA